GAAAAAACAAAAAAAAACAUCUCUGCGCUGCUUCGGCUCUCCCCACCGUCCUCGGCCCCCGGUGGAUCCCGCCCGUCGCCGCCGCCGGCCCUUGUUGGUGCUGCCCCGGCAGUUGCAACUUCGAAUAGCGCUGCCACCACCGCCUCCUCCCUCCCCGCCAGUCCCGGCGCCUGCGGCAAGCGCUCCUGGGCAGCUCCCUCCACCCACCUCCUGCCGUCAGAUCCCCUCGCUGUAGCAGCUGCUUGGCAGUGAACGGGGCAAGAUGUCUGGCGGAAAUCCUGCAGGCGUGGAUAACACUUUCCGUAGGAAAUUUGACAAGGAGGAGUACUUGGAGCGAGCUCGACAGAGAGAGCGGGAUGAGAAGGAUGAAGCCCGGAGAGGCAAGGAUAGGGGCCCUCCUGUGCAAAGACAGCCUUUGAAGCAUAGGGAUUAUGAAGUUGAUCUCGAGUCUCGUCUUGGUAAAACCCAGGUGGUAACCCCAAUCGCACCUUUGAGUCAGCAGGCUGGAUACUACUGUUCAGUAUGUGAGUGUGUUGUUAAAGAUUCAGCCAACUAUUUGGAUCAUAUAAAUGGCAAGAAGCAUCAGAGAGCAUUGGGCAUGUCUAUGCGUGUUGAAAGGGCGUCACUCGAACAGGUUCAAAAACGGUUUGAGGCACUUAAGAAGAGGAAGGACCCAGCCAGCUUCAGUGAACAAGAUUUGGAUGAGAGAAUAUGGAAACAGCAGCAAGAGGAGGAGGAGAAGAAGCGUCAGCGCAGAGAAAAGAAGAAAGAAAAGAAGAAAGAGCAGGCUGGCCAGAAUGAACCUGAGGACAUUGACCCUGAUGUUGCUGCUAUGAUGGGCUUCGGCGGGUUCGGCACCUCUUCAAAGAAGUGAAAAUUGCUACUUCAGGUGGCGUCAUUCCGUUGGUCUGUGGCUGCUGAAAACGUCGCCGUGGCUCUGUGCACCUGGAUCCCAGCAUAGGCCAGACACAGCUCUGAUGCAGAGCUGCAGUGUUGCGAUUAAUGUACUGGAGCCUUGUUUGCAGCCGCUACCUGAUAAUGUCAGCGAAACGAUACUUGACGCUGGAACAAUUCAGCUUCUGUAAUCGGUGACAGGUGAUCAUUUGAGAAGCAUUUCAUCUUUGAGAAAUGAGAUGACUGAUUCGUCUAGAUGCUGAUGUAUCAUUUGAGAGGCAUUUUAUCUUUGAGAAAUGAGAUAACUAAUUCGCUUA